AGGCGUCCAAGACCAUAUUUAGACGGUCCACGUUUUCAUCCCCGUACUAUGUCUUCAGAUCAGGUCAAGGUUCUCAUCGUCUGCUUAGGCAAUAUAUGUCGCUCCCCGAUGGGUGAAGCGGUAAUGAGGGACGUUGCUAAACGGCGCGGACACGAUAUCGUUCUUGACAGCGCUGGUACGGGAGCCUACCAUGAAGGCGAGGAUCCAGACGAUAGAGCAGUUGCAACGUGUAGAAAACACAAAAUACCCAUAUCUCACGCAGCGCGCAAAGUCAGAUCCUUGGACUACACCGAAUUUACCCAUAUCCUUGCUGCUGAUGAAAGUAACCUGCAUUCUCUGAAUCGAAACGCCCCUCGCAAUGCAACAGCAACCAUACGGCUUUGGGGCUCCUACCUUGAAAGCAAUCGGCCAAUCUCAGACCCUUACUAUGGAGGAAUUAACGGAUUUGAGAGAGUCUAUCAACAAUGUGUUGCUUUGUCCAAUGCUUUUCUGGACGAUGUGUUUGGACCCCAAUCGUAGACAAUGUAUUGUGGUUAUUCAAUACUGGACACGUCGUGUAUAGAAAAUAGAGACGUUACUUCACUGGUCGGUGCAGGGCCACUAU